GGUAUGUCUGCGCGUCGAGCCAAUGAGUCGGCAGCGGGAUUACUUCCGAGCUGAGAGCGGGGGGAACCCUACUCUAAAAGGGGACUAGGGAGUCUGUGGCUCGGGGACGGGGUUAUUGGGAGAGUGAAUUGGGUUGGUCGGAGUUUCAUGCAGGACCGGGGUUCCUGGGCACCCCCCUCCUGGUACAGAAAUGCCACCCUCGGCAAGGAAAUCGAUCAAGGAGCGCGAGCUGUUCUCCCUGACCUCAUCCUUACCAUGCGCCUCGUGGCUGAAGGUACUGCUGUGUAGCCCCCUACGCUAUCUAUGGAUGGUCCUCAUGGCCCUCACUGUGCUCUGUGUGGCCAUCCAGAUCCUAGGAGUCGUCUGGCAGUCCAGGAACGAUAAGAUGUUGAGCAAGAAGCUCCUGAAUGUGCGGUUUACCAUCGAGAUCCAGGGAACGCUCCCAACUGAGCAGAGGGACUGGGAAAACUUGCGCUCUUCGCACGCCCCUGUCGUAGAAGAGGAAGUGAGGUCACAGGAGGAAGGAGCUUCUAAACAAUCGGCCAAAGAGAACCAGAAGGUAGCAGAACAUCAAGAUGGCAGAGAUGAGCCAGGAGUGGAGAGGAGACUCCAGGUGCAUCACCAACAUUUAAAGCUCUCAAACACUUUCAAUAAGGUCAAAGACUCCAGGAAAGAGGAAAGGGGUAAAGUUUUAGCAGUAAAGGCAGCCCUGCCCAAAGUCACAUUGGGUGAUGAUGAGUUGCAUAUGGGUGUUCCCGGGUCUGUGGUUCUCCAGCUGGACGACAAAGCUAUCAGAGUGGUAUCUACCCUGUCUCACAAACCUUUCCAGGUCCCCUUAACCAAUCAGCUUAAGAGUAGAAACAGCCGUGCCCCUCUAGGCACCAACUCUGUAGUUGCCGGGGUGAUAAGCGAGGUGAAACCGGGGAUUGCCACCUCCACCUGUCGGCCGAAGAACCACAUCGUCUUUCUAAAGACGCACAAAACGGCCAGCAGCACCAUCUUAAACAUCUUGUAUCGCUAUGGCGACAGCCGCAAUCUGACCUUCGCCCUUCCGCUGAACAUGCACAGCCAGCUGUUCUAUCCCUUCUUCUUCGCCUCACACUUUGUGGAGGGAGUUAGGAGCCACAGUGUCAAAAAGUUCCACAUCAUGUGCAACCACAUGAGGUUCAGACCACCAGAGGUGAGGAAGGUGAUGCCCCAGGACACAUUCUACUUCUCCAUCCUGAAGAACCCUGUUGCCAUGAUGGAGUCCAUCUUCAUCUACUACAAGAGCAUUCCCGCCUUCCACAAGGCCCGCAGCCUGGACGACUUCCUCGACAACAGUUGGCGUAGUUACAACACGUCCCUGCCCAACAACCACUACGCCCAUAACAUCCUGACCUUUGACUUUGGCUUCGACAACAACGUCGCCACAGAGACGCCCGGAGACCUAGAGACGCGGGCCGCCACAGCCAUUGGCGCCAUCGAGGAGGACUUCCACCUUAUCCUCAUCUCAGAGUACUUUGACGAAUCCAUGAUCCUGCUCAAGCGCGCCCUCUGCUGGUCUCUUGACGACAUCGUCUCCUUCAAGUUGAACAGCCGGAGCGCGCGCGCACGGAACAUGCUCUCCCCGCACACCGCUGACAAGAUCAGAGCCUGGAACGCCCUUGACUGGCGGCUCUACCUGCACUUUAACGCCACCUUCUGGCAACGCGUGGACACUACUGUGGGGCGUGAGGAGAUGAGGCGGGAGGUGACUCAGCUGCGGGAGCAACGUGCCAAACUAGCCAAAACCUGCCUGAAGGAUGGUGGUGCAGUGGACCCGUCGCAGGUACAGGAUGCAGGGCUGAAGCCCUUCCAGUAUGGAGCGGCCAUCAUCCAGGGCUACAACCUGAACCCUGGGCUGGUCGGGCCUACCAAAACACACUGUCAGAACCUGAUCACUCCAGAGCUGCAGUACACAGACACUCUCUACACCAAGCAGUUCCCGGAGCUUGCCACUAGGCAGAGACAGGUCGCCAAACUGGUCGCCUCACAACGUCAGCUUGGUCCAGUCAAGGUCAGCCCAGACAAGAGAGUGAGAGAGUGGACCCAGAAACCCUAAUGCCCAGAACCAAAAUGACCCCUGCCCAACUGUCCUGUCUAAAAUCACUGCAGAUAGAAGUGACAGAAACAUGCCUUGAGGUGUGGCUCUUUUAACAUAGACUAUGGGACUAAUGGGACAAUCCAAAUCCACAUGAGCUCAUCAUUGAUGCUGAGCACAGGGGUCUUUUUCAGCUGAACAGCCAAUGGCUCUGUUUUGUCUGUACAGUGAGGACGUUUCGCUGCACAUUAUGCUGAUUCUGGCUGGCUGCAGUGCAUAGGGCCAGUUUGCUGACUUUGGUGGCACUAGGAUAAGCUCUAGUGUUUCUAUCCAACGAUACUGGACCUGUGUGGGUGGAGGGGAUGGAGUUGGGGGAGGAAGAGGAAGAGUAGGAAGGAGAGGGAGAGUGCAACUGGGCUGAUUGUCCUGCCUUGACUGGUUGGAUUGGAAGUAGCAUCUCAUAAACCCUCUCAUCUAAUGUCUCCCCUUGCUCUUGUCACACACUGAGGUUUAGAAUAUGAACCCUUGGGGUGUACUAUAGUUUGAAUGGCACAUACGUGGUCCUAUUGAUUAAACUGAUUGGGGUUGGGUAAGGCCUGUAGUACAGUAGGCCUAUGUACAGGACCAGUGAAAAGUUUGGAGACAUCUACUUAUCCAGGGUUUUUCUUUGUUUUUACCAUUUUCUACAAUGUAGAGUAAAAGUGAAGACAUCAAAACUAUGAAAUAACACAUAUGGAAUCAUGUAGUAACCAAAAAAGUGUUAAACAAAUCAAAAUAGAUUUGAGAUUUGAGAUUCUUCAAAGUAGCCACCCUUUACCUUGACAGCUUUGCAUACUCUUGGCAUUCCCUCAACAUGAUUCAUUAGGUAAUCACCUGGAAUGCAUUUCAAUUAACAGGUGGGCCUUGUUAAAAGUAAAUUUGUGGAAUUUCUUUCCUUCUUAAUUAAUGUGUUUGAGCCAAUCAGUUGUGUUGUGGCAAGGUAGGGGUGGUAUACAGAAUCAAAUCAAGUCAAAUUUAUUUAUAUAGCCCUUCGUACAUCAGCUGAUAUCUCAAAGUGCUGUACAGAAACCCAGCUUAAAACCCCAAACAGCAAGCAAUGCAGAUGUAGAAGCACGGUGGCUAGGAAAAACUCCCUAAAAGGCCAAAACCUAGGAAGAAACCUAGAGAGGAACCAGGCUAUGUGGGGUGGCCAGUCCUCUUCUGGCUGUGCCGGGUGGAGACUAUAACAGAACAUGGCCAAGAUGUUCAAAUGUUCAUAAAUGACCAGCAUGGUCGAAUAAUAAUAAGGCAGAACAGUUGAAACUGGAGCAGCAGCACGGCCAGGUGGACUGGGGACAGCAAGGAGUCAUCAUACAGAAGAUAGAGAAGAUAGACCUAUUUGGUAAAAGACCAAGUCCAUAUUAUGGCAAGAACAGCUCAAAUAAGCAAAGAUAAACUACAGUCCAUCAUUACUUUUAGACAUGAAGGUCAGUCAAAACGGAACAUUUUAAGAAAUUUGACGGUCACUUCAAGUGCAGUCGCAGUUUAUGAUGAAACUGGCUCUCAUGAGGACCGCCACAGGAAAGGAAGACUAAAAGUUAUCUCUGCUGCAAAGGAUAAGGUCAUUAGAGUUAACUGCACCUCAAAUUGCAGCCCAAAUAAAUGCUUCACAGAGUUCAAGUAACAGACACAUCUCAACAUCAACUGUUCAGAGGAGACUGCAUGAAUCAGGCCUUCAUGGUUGAAUUGCUGCAAAGAAAACUAAAGGACACCAAUAAGAAGAAGAGACCUGCAUGGGCCAAGAAACACGAGCAAUGGACAUUAGACCGGUGGAAAUCUGUCUUCUGGUCAGAUGAGUCCAAAUAUUUUUUGGGGGUUACAACCACCGUGUCUUUGUGAGACGCAGAGUAGGUGAACGGAUGAUCCCUGCAUGUGUGGGACCCACCAUGAAGCAUGGAGGAGGAGGUGCAAUGGUGUGUGGGUGCUUCGCUGGUGAAACUGUCAGUGAUUUAUUUUGAAUUCAAGGCACAAUUUACCAGCAUGGCUACCACAGAAUUCUGCAUUGAUACGCCAUCCCAUCUGGUUUGCGAUUUGUUUUUCAAUGGGACAAUGACCCAAAACAUACCUCCAGGCUCUGUAAGGGCUAUUUGACCAAGGAGAGUGAUGGAGUGCUGAAUCAGAUGAUCUGGCUUCCACGAUCACCCGACCUCAAAAAAUGUAGAUGGUUUGGGAUGCGUUGGACUACAGAGUGAAGGAAAAGGAGCCACCAAGUGCUCAGCAUAUGUGGGAACUCCUUCAAGACUGCUGGAAAAGCAUUCCUCAUGAAGCUGGUUUAGAGAAUGCCAAAAGUGUGCAAAGAAGUCAUCAAAGCAAAGGGUGGCGACUUUGAAGAAUCUAAAAUUACUAUGUGAUUCCAUAUGUGCUAUUUCAUAGUUUUGUUGUCUUCAAUAUUAUUAUACAAUGUAGAAAAUAGUACAAAUAAAGAGAAACCCUUGAAUGAGUAAGUGUGUCCAAAAUUCUGACUGGUAGUGUAUCUGUCUGUCUGCUAACACCAAAAGACAAACAGUACCUCCACUUUACUACAUCUGGUCUCUCAUUUAGACAGGAAACAUCUCAGGUCUCAUUUCUCUGAGUUGAUAUAAACUUUACUCAGAGAGAAGGUGACUCAAUUUGGAGGUGAAUAAAAUACAUGAUGGUAUGUUAAACAUGUACUGUAUGUGUAGCGGACUGGGUGUAGUGGGUGAGAAGUCAGGCGCAGGAAGCAGAGAGUUCAGGGUAGCGCUAUAUUAAAUGCACAAAACAGCGAACAAAAGCCAACCCAACGAAAGCACAGGGCGCACAACAAAACAAAUGCCCCAAACACGGGGACUUAAACUGUCCAGCAAAACCCAAUGAAAUGGGAAACACAUAACCCACAGACGUGCACACACGUUAGACAAAACAAUCCCGCACAAAGAGCAGGCGGGCCUACUGGUAAAUAAAGCCCGACUAACCAGCCAAAAACACAAACAGGUGAAACCAAUAAACAGAAAGGGGAAAAAAGGAUCAGUGGCAGCUAGUAGGCCGGUGACGACGACCGCCGAGCGCCACCCGAACAGGAAGGGGAGCCACCUUCAGUGGUGACAGUAUGGUAAACAUCAUAGGAGGCUGGUGUGAGGAGCUAUAGGCUAUAGAUUUUAUUUAUGUCACACCCUGAUCUGUUUCACCUGUCCUUGUGAUUGUCUCCACCCCCCUCCAGGUGUCUCCCAUUAUCCCCCGUGUAUUUAUACCUGUGUUCUCUGUUUGUCUGUUGCCAGUUCAUCUUGUUUGUCAAGUCAACCAGUGUUUUUGUUCUCUGCUUUUCACAGUUUCUCUUUUUCUCACCCUCCUGGUUUUGACCAUUGACUGUACUGACUCUGAGCCCGCCUGCCUGACCACUCUACCUGCCCCUGACCCUGAGCCUGCCUGCUGACCUGUACCUUUCCGCCACCUCUGAAUUGUUUGACCUCUGCCUACCCUGAGCUUGCCUGCCAUCAGGUACCAUUGCCCCACCUCUGGUUUACUGACCACUGCCUGCCUUGACCUGUCUAUUGCCUGCCCCUGUUGGGUUUUACCUUGAUUCCUGAUCAUUUUUUAGGAUCCCCAUUAGCCAACGCCAAUGGCAACAGGUACAUUACAGACAAAAGAUUUUACAAUUGACAUGCAUUUAAAAACAUUAACAUGUAGUGUGUGUGUGUGCAUCUAUCAGUUACACAUACUGUAUCAGUACAUACACAGAACAAGUAGGUCACAUGGGGGAGAGGCGUUGUGCUGUGAGGUGUUGCUUUAUUUGUUUUUUGAAACCAGGUUUGCUGUUCACUUGCGCAAUAUAAGAUGGAAGGGAGUUCCAUGCACUCAUGGCUUUGUAUAAUACUGUAUGUUUCCAUGAAUUUGUUCUGGACCUGCGGACCGUGAAAAGACCCCCGGUGGCAUGUCUGGUGUAGAAAGUGUGUGUGUCAGUGCCAAAUGCCUGGAAUGGAAUCAAUGGAAUGGUACCAAACACAUCAAGCACAUGGAAACAACGUGUUUGACUCUGUUGCAUUGAUUCAGUUCCAGUCAUUAGAAGGAGCCCGUUCUCCUAUAGCUCCUCCCAUCAGCCUCUUCUCGUAGACAUUUCAGGGAAAAAUGAAAUACCAUUACAAAAUGUUUGACUUAAGAGCACAUCUCAACUCUUUCGAUACCUACCUAAAGAUAGCCAGAGCUUGUAAUAUUCUGUAAUAAUAGAUUUGUACAUCAACUCUCAUGCAGAUAGCAGAAAGUUCCUAGAAUUUCCUCAUCCUUUAAGGUUAGAAACUGAGAGAGAUUCAGUUACUAAAGGUAAUUCAGUAACUGAAAGACAUUCAGUAGGCCACUGUGGAAAAAUAUUCAGUUACCAAGACAGAGCAAAGGAGCUCUCGAUUCUCAGAAAUGGGAAUCAAAUUAAAAUGUUAGAUUUCUUAGAAGACCAAAUGAUUAGUCUCUUUAAAUUCAAGUGUGCUUUUAAAUCAUACUGCACUUUAGUGUGAAUAUAUAUAAAUGAGGUGUAAAAAAAUUAUCGUAAAAUGGAAAUGUAGAUUUUGUAUGUAGAGAUGAUUUUGUGAUGUGAGUCCUUAUAUCACAAUACCUGCCUUUUAAAGUGGUCUGGUAUUUAAGUGUAUUUUUCUCAUUGUCGUGAGCGAUGUUGCCACAGAUUUCAAAUUGAAAUGGUCAAAUAAAAGGGUCAUGAAUUAUAAAUUGUUCUUACUUUUGUUUCUGUUCCCACUUUUGCAUGAUUAAACAAUUGAACCUGAUCAGCAGAACAGAAUAUAGAUUGAUCUUGGGUAUGAGUUGCUGUACAGUCGGGCUGUAGUUUGCAGAUCAGACAACAGGUGGGAGGGAGCCUUGUCCUAAUAAUUUUCCUCUCAGCUUUGCUCAAUGACAAACACAGUGCAUUUGGAAAGUAUUCAGACCCCUUCCCUUUCUCCACAUUUUGUUACGUUAAAGCCUUAUUCUAAAAUGGAUUAAAAAAAAA